AUGUCUGCCUCGCAUAGAACUCGUUUUUCUGCCAUGCGCUGCGAUGCGCCGCCUCCGUGGCCAUUGCGCGCCGAUGCAGCAGCGCGGCUUCUCCUUUGCGCGGCCCUCGCGCUCACUGCCACCGCCGAUUGCUCCGUCUCUUCCGCCAACGACCCACCGCCACGGCCACAAGCCCCGCGUCGCCCAAAUCAGCGCGUGCCGCCGUCUCCCCUUGCUCGGCCCACCCGCGCACAGCGCGCGCUCCUCAAGCUCAACGCCGCCUCCUCCGCGGCCGCCGAUUCCGAGGCGACUGACAGCGGCGAUCAUGCCGCAAGGCCCGUGUCUCUGGAGGCGUCGCAACACGCUCAUCCGAUUCACUUCCUUCCCUCUCCUUGUUCGGCCGCUCGCUGCAUGUGCGCGCACUGCGGUAGUGCAGUAAGCGCGGUGGUGGCGGUGCAGCAGGCGUGGGGCGCGUGGGCGGGCAACAGCAACGACACCACUGCUUGCUCUGCGUGGCCUGGCGUCACGUGCAGCCCUAACGGACUCAUCGUCGCAUUGGAUUCAAAGGCAGUAUCGGUGGAUGGCAGUGCUGCCAUACCUGACUCCAUCACCAAUCUCGCCGCUCUCCAAUACCUUGAUCUGACAAACGAUCAGCUGGCGGGGCCCAUCCCAUCCCUCGCGAGCCUCACUGGCCUCACCCUCCUAGCCAUGGGAGCAGACGGCAGCCAACUCACUGGCACUCUUGAGGGACUGGCUUGGCUCUCCUCCCUCUCCAACCUGCACACACUGAAUCUUGUUGGCUUGGCGGAAUUCACAGGGGAUUUGUCUUCUCUGCACGUUCUCUCUCACCUGGAAAAACUUCAAAGCCUGACACUCAGUUCGUUCACCAAUGCCACGGGGGAGAUACCCAGGGAGAUCCGAUACCUCACGUCGCUCACUGCACUCGAUUUGUCGUACCUUCGGGCAGUGGAAUUUCCUGACUGGGUGACUCACCUCGCAACCCUUCAGUAUCUCAACGUGAACGCGGACGAACCGCGGCGGCAGGGGUUGUUGUCUGAUGACAUUUCGCACCUCACAGCGCUCACCUCGCUAUCCCUCACUGGAAACAACCUGGAGGGCUCCGUGCCUAAGACCUGCUCGUCUCUCCUCAACCUGCAAUACCUGGCUUUGAGUUUCAACCAUCUCCAAGGCACCAUCCCCGCCGCCCUCUCUGCUCUAACAGCCCUCACUGCAAUAGACCUCUCAUGGAAUCAUCUGUCUGGCUCCAUCCCCCGUGCCUUCACCACCAACAUCCAGAGCAUAGCUCUUGGCUACAACGCCUUUAGUGGCCCCAUCCCGCCUCACCUUGCACUGCCCCAACUCUCUUCCCUGCAGCUGUCCAACAAUGAGUUCACGGGCGGCAUUCCCACCACCUUCACCCGCCUCACCACCAUGAGUAUGCUAAGCCUCCACACCAACAACUUCUCCGGGGUGCUUCCAGCAACCCUCUCUGCCAUCAAGGGGCUUGCCGCCAUAAGCAUUGCCAACAACCACUUCACGGGAAAUUUUCCUCAGCCUCUUCUGCACACCCACCACCUCGCUUCACUGGAUGUGAGCAACAACAGCUUCUCUGGAUCCAUCCCUCUGCAAUUGACCGAGCUACUGCAGCUGGAGGACAUCUGUGCUGCCACCACUCGCUGUGCUGCCACCACUCGCUGUGCCGCCACCACUCGCUGUGCUGCCACCACUAGCUGUGCUGCCACCACUCGCUGUGCUGCCACCACUAGCUGUGCUGCCACCACUCGCUAUGCUGCCACCACUCGCUGUGCUGCCACCACUCGCUGUGCCGCCACCACUCGCUGUGCUGCCACCACUCGCUGUGCCGCCACCGUCGUCUUGGUCUCCCGAGCUCAUCGUCCCUGGAGUUUGCAUACCUUUCCGUUGCACCGUGCACAGGCGCUGAGCAACAACAACUUCACAGGGCCCAUUCCUGACUCCAUCUCCACGCUCUCCACUCUGCAGGCCAUCAUCGUCGACAGCAACCAACUGACGGGGACCAUUCCAGAUGCCAUCUUCAACAUGACGAACCUACAAUCCCUCGGUCGCUCCCCUCCAUGCUUUCAUCCAUACCCCCCUCCAUACCCCCCUCCAUACCCCCCUCCAUACCCCCCUCCAUACCCCCUUCCAUACCCCCCUCCAUACCCCCCUCCAUACUCCCCUCCGUACCCCCCUCCAUACUCCCCUCCGUACCCCCCUCCAUACUCCCCUCCGUACCCCCCUCCAUACUCCCCUCCGUACCCCCCUCCAUACUCCCCUCCGUACCCCCCUCCAUGCGCCCCUCCAUGCGCCCCUCUAUGCGCCCCUCCAUGCUCUGCAGCUACCUGGCCAACAACCGGCCCUCCCUGCCUGCCCUCUCUGCCUGCCCUCCCUGCCUGCCCUCCCUGCCUGCCCUCCCUGCCUGCCCUCCCUGCCUGCCCUCUCUGCCUGCCCUCCCUGCCUGCCCUCCCUGCCUGCCCUCCCUGCCUGCCCUCCCUGCCUGCCCUCCCUGCCUGCCCUCCCUGCCUGCCCUCUCAAACAGUGAGGGGGAGCGUGUUGCGCACCAGGGGAGGCAAUGCGAUGUGCAUGGCAGCGAACUGA